CGACAGUCUGUCCUUCAUCUCUCUGGAACUAGAAAUCAGAGGCUCACUUCAUGCGGUCUACUCUUUACGGAACGAUCUCGCGUUAUACUUGCUCAAAAAGCAUUCUAAUUUGAAUGUAGAAUGGAAAUAUGCAGAUGAUAGAUGACACGUACG